GCUCUAGCCAAUCAGCUCGUUCUCGUAGUAAGCUAGCGCGAGGCUGCGAGUCAAGCUUUUAGUUGUGAGCGGCGUGCGCAGGAUUCACACCAGGCGAACAAUACAGAUUCAGAAUGGCUAAAGGUGACCCCAAGAAGCCUAAAGGCAAGAUGUCUGCUUAUGCCUACUUUGUGCAGACGUGUCGUGAGGAACACAAAAAGAAAAAUCCUGAAAUCCCUGUGAACUUUGCAGAGUUUUCAAAGAAAUGUUCUGAAAGAUGGAAGACUAUGUCCGCAAAAGAGAAGUCUAAGUUUGACGAUAUGGCAAAGUUAGACAAAGUGAGAUAUGACCGAGAAAUGAAAGAUUUUGGACCAGUUAAGGGAGGCAAGAAGAAGAAGGAUCCAAAUGCCCCAAAGAGGCCACCCUCUGGAUUUUUCCUGUUCUGCUCAGAAUUCCGUCCCAAAAUCAAAUCCACAAAUCCUGGCAUCUCCAUCGGUGAUAUUGCAAAAAAACUAGGUGAGAUGUGGAACAACCUGAGUGAUGGUGAGAAGCAACCCUACAACAUCAAGGCCGGCAAGCUGAAAGAGAAAUAUGAAAAGGAUGUUGCCGAUUACAAAUCCAAAGGAAAAGUUGACAGCCCUAAGUGUGCUCCUAAGUUGCCCAGAAAAAAAAUAGAGGACGAUGACGAUGAUGAAGAUGAUGAUGACGAGGAGGAGGAAGAUGAUGACGAAGAUGAUGAUGAAUGAAGUUGUACAAUUGUGAAUCUUAGAGUAGGGGAACCACCUUCGGCUGCCAUCUUAUGAUGGUCACCUGCCGUUUAUUUAGGUUUAAUUGCAAAAAUUGGGUUCUGAUAUCAUAGUUUCAAAAAACGAUGCUCUUGGAGUUGUAACUGGUUUACAUUACAUAGCUGUGUGUGUAAAACGAGCAAUCUGAAACUGUAUCAAAGCUGUACAUAUUUCAAAUCGUUUUUAAAAACGGGCGCUCUAGUGUUCUCCUCACUCUGCACUUUGCUGUUGGUGUAUCAAAGCGUUUAAAAAUGUUUCAGGCAUUUUUUUUUUCCUUUUUAAUUUAAGAUGUUACUAAAUGGUUAUUUAGCAAAUCCUGGGUUAUAAACUGUACAUAUCUGUAAACUAGACAAAUUCUUAUGGUGCAUAUUUUCGGAGCUGAUAUUACCUCAGGGUUUAAGAACAUCCCUGGCAAAAAAAAAAAUCCUUUUUGGAUUGGUCAUUUUGGCCCAAAGCAAUGCACAUCAAGACUUACACUACAUCGGGCGUCAAUUUAGCUUAAAAGUUGUCUUUCUGUAUAUAGUGAAAUAGAUUUCUGCUGUUAGUCGUUGAAAGGAGUUCAGCUGGCAUGAGAAAUGUAUGGGUUUAUUAUAUAAUUUUAUUUUUUUU